AUGAGCACCCCUGACCACGACUCAUCAGCUAGGACGGGAAAGAAGCCCCUCGAGCAUAGCACAUACCACUACGACAGCUUGCCACGCAGCCAAGGGGCGAUACGAAUCCUUGAACUUUUGCCCAGUGAGACUCCCGACGCUGCGAUCCAUUGCGUAUUGAUCACUCCAACUGGAGAUGAAACGCCGCAGUAUGAGGCUCUAUCAUGGUGCUGGGGCACAGCAGGCAAGACCGAUUACAUCAGGAUUCAGCGGAACCGCAAAACGUACAUGAAAGCUGUGAGCCCAAACCUUGUGGCCGCUAUGAAGGCACUUCGCUAUCCGUAUCGCAACCGUUACCUUUGGAUUGAUAUGGUCUGUAUUGACCAAGAUGACCUAAACGAGAAGAACCACCAAGUCGAGAUGAUGAACAUCAUCUACGGAAAUGCUUCUCGAGUUUGUAUCUGGCUUGGUGAAGCAACUGAAUCCAGUCGGAUGGCGCUGAGUUUCAUCAAGAACGAGGUCUUGCAUCUACAAAGCUUCGACACACUCUGCGAUAGCAAAGAUGCUAGCAAGAAGUGGAUCGCGUUACUAGAUCUGAUGCAAAGGCCUUGGUUCUCGCGACGAUGGGUGGUUCAAGAAUUGGCACUGGCGCGAAAGCCCAUCAUUUACUGUGGGAACGACAGGAUAUCAUGGAAGAAGUUCGCUGUCGCAGUCGAACUUUUUGUAGAGGUCGAGACAGCAACGCAUCGCCUAUCAGAGGUCAUGAAGAAAGACCGACAAAAUCAGUAUAUCCCCAGCUACUUCGAUUACGUCUCCGCGCUUGGUGCAAGCUUGCUUGUUGAUGCCACAGAACGUUUGUUCCGUGAUUGGAAGAAAGUCGAAGUAUCCCAGACCAAGACAAUUCCAUACGCGCGAGUCGAGUCAACGAUCGACUCAGAUAGCGACAGUGAGGACGUCGACAGCGAAGAUAGCGAUUCAUCAACACCUCCUUCUACAAACGAUACGCACAACAUCCCCGGCGAUUCGAGGAGUCGUAUACAGCCUCUUUUGAGCCUGGAAUAUCUUGUGUCAAGCCUCACCAUUUUUGAUACAACCGUACCUCACGACACGAUCUAUGCGCUGCUUGCAAUCGCAAAAGACACCACUCCACGCGCUGUGAGCGCUCGCACUGUUGUUACAUCCAGAAGUGCUCAGGAAGGACUAGAGGUCUACACGCAGCGCAAAAGCUAUAACGUAAACUACAAAUUACCGUACGUAGACGUAUGCAAGGACUUCAUUCAGUUCGCUAUCGAGCGUUCUCUGGACGGGAAUGCAAGUCGUGCGUUGGACGUCAUUUGUCGCCCAUGGGCGAUCGAAGAGAGAAAGCUACAAAAGAUUCGAGAGGCCAGGCUGAAGAAGCUAAAGAAGGAACAAAGAAUUGAGAUGAGGGAGAAAGCCCGAAAAGCGCGCCGGCAAAACUACAGAGCACAUCAGUCCCUCCCCCAGUCUGAAGCUACUAGCUCGGCAGCCGCGGUUCGGCCUGAGAGUGCAUCGUUAGAGGAGGCAGCUGCAUCUACUGAACUUGAAGAUAUAGGGUUGCCUUCCUGGGUGCCCCAACUCUCGAACGCACCAUUCGCUAUGGACCAAAGACCCGGAACGAGUGGCCCUAAGAUGAGCCGCAUCAACGCAGACCCUUUGGUGGGUCUCCCUAGUUCCACACACCGAAAUUACUCUGCCGCUGAGACCAAAGGCGUGGACAUAAAAGCGCUUAGGUUUAGGAAGCGACCGAUAGCAAAGCAAUUUAGUAUGUACGUACGCGGCUUUCAGCUUGACGUCAUCACAGAAGUCGCGGAGGUAGCUCGUAGCGGGCAUAUUCCGAUAGAAUGGGCCGACCUCGCAGAGUGGGAGGAUGCCGAAGGAUUUCCGCCAGACGCAUUCUGGCGAACGCUUGUCGCAAACCGUGGUCGAGACGGUAAAAACCCGCCCGUAUACUACUCGCGGGCUUGUGAAGAAUCAUUCAGAAAAGGUGGUCUCCAAAGUGGAGCUAUUGAUACUACUGCACUUAUCGAAUACGAACGCAACUCGGUCGUCGCUCAAUUUUGUCGGCGUGUGCAGGCGGUUACAUGGAAUCGUGCACUUGUGCGUACCCAAAGCCAGAAGCUAGGUCUGGUCGGCAAAGAUGUCCAGAAGAAUGACCUGGUCUGCAUAUUAUACGGAUGUAGCGUACCGGUCGUAUUGCGCGAAAGCCCCAGGAAGACUGAAGAGGAAUUCGAAAUCGAAAUGGAACAGGAACUAGCAGAUGUCAAGAAUACUGUGGCCAAAAAGUUACAGCAGUACAUUGCACGCAAACGACAACAUCAAGCUUGGAAAGACAAAGAGAUGGCAAAACUCUGCAGAGAAUGGCUCAGAACUACCGAUUACACGCGAAGGCACGGAACUACCGAUUACAUGCGAAGGCAUGGCUUCGACCCUACCAUGUCUUCAGCCGAAGAUCUCAGAAAAAACCUUUUGCGCAUCUUGAAACAAUUCAUAGUCGAUUUCAAAUUAUGGUGUUUCGAAGAGCGCGAGAAAGCAUGGCCUGAAAUUGAGAGCCGCAUUGAAGCGGAGAUGAAAGAGCGGGAAGAAAAUCCGAAGAAGAAGGUGAAUAGGCCAGGUAAAAAGGAGAUGGAUGAACAUCUACGCAGGCAAGCGGACAAGCAGGCAGUGAAGAAGCGGGAAACGGAAGCUCGCGCGUCCCGAAAACGGAGACAAUCGCGGUCCGCCGCGGACAUACUUGAGAUCGCUCCUAGCGCAGCGGUAACUACUGGAGGUUCUAGCUCGGGCGCUUCCAAAGAAACAUCAGGAACAGCCAAGAAGAAAAGGCCACAGGUAGAUUGGUGGGAGUUUGAAUACGCACUUGUUGCCGGUCGGCGCUGGAAGCAGGUGGUCAGACAAAGAAAGGAAACCCGCCAAGAAGAAUGGAGGCGAGAUGUGCUUGACCGGUACGAGGCUUUGAAAAACAGGAGUACGAGACAAGGAGAUAAAAAUGUAGAAGAGACGCCCACGACUGAAGCGAUCGUUGUAGAGGGAAGUUCCGUUACCCACGAUGAACAUGCAGGCACCGAUGGGCAUACGACGAACAAAGAGCUAGGAAGCGAUGACACAAUGGCGAGAGAUGGCGAGCAUAGCAACAGUCAUGAGGACGGAACUGUUCAAAGUCAUGGAGAAAGGGAUGGGCCUGCAGAAAACGGGGAACAUGCACAUGUGGAAAGAUACGAAAAGACAGGAAAAGAGGUAGAUGCCAACAGCGGUGAUCACGAGCCCAAGGACGAACUUCCCAGAAAUGGUCAUAUGCCUCUGAUAAGCGCAAGCUCAUCACACUCGGCGUCUUCUGCUGCGCAUGUGCCGCCUGACUCUUCAACGGGGCGACGGCCUAGCUGGUGCCGUAAGGUAGACAGGACUAAAUUGACGUCUGAUGAUGUUGAGGAUUACGAUAAGAAGGUUCGAAACAAUUUGCGCGAACGACUCGGUGAGGAAGGCUAUUACUCUUACACACUCCUUGGCGAGUGCUAUAUUCAUGGAAUGAUGGACGGUGAGGCAAUGCAGUUUCAAAACGAAGACGCCGAAGGGGUUAUUCCUUCGAUGGUAUUUGAGAUCCGCUGA